GGGGGGGCGGGACUCCGUGCAGGAAGUGAUCUUUCCUCGCUUCUUCCUGUCGGUGCUCGAGCGGGGGAGAUGCUCGGGGCGGCCGAGUGGAGGGAGCCGGAGGACGGUUAGAGAGAGGGGCGCAGCGUGGACCCGGGGCCGGGCGGGUGGCCCGCACUCAGACCAUGAGCUACACCAAGCCCUGGGGGGAAUGGAUCCUGAACUUUCGGGUGCCGCCCGCCGGGGUGUUCGGCGUGGCUUUCCUGGCCCGGGUCGCCCUGGUGUUCUACGGUGUCUUCCAGGACCGGACUCUGCUGGUGAGGUACACCGACAUAGACUACCACGUGUUCACGGACGCCGCGCGAUUCGUCACGGAGGGGCGCUCCCCUUACCUGAGGGCGACCUAUCGCUACACCCCGCUCCUGAGUUGGCUCCUCACCCCCAACGUCUACCUCAGUGAACUCUUCGGCAAGUUUCUCUUCAUCAGCUGCGACCUGCUCACCGCCUUCCUCUUGUACCGCCUGCUGCUGCUCAAGGGGCUGGGGCGCCGCCAAGCCUGCGGCUACUGCGUCUUCUGGCUCCUAAACCCCUUACCCAUGGCGGUGUCCAGCCGGGGCAACGCAGACUCCAUCGUCGCCUCCCUGGUGCUCUCGACCCUGUACUUGAUCGAGAAACGACUGAUCGCGUGCGCCGCGGUGUUGUACGGCUUCGCGGUGCACAUGAAGAUGUAUCCUGUGACCUACCUCCUCCCCAUAGCGCUUCAUUUGCGGCCCGAGCGCGACGACGACGACGAGGGUCUCCGGCAAGCCGGCUACUCUUUCCAGGCUCGCCUGUGCGACUUCCUCGGGAGGCUGUGUAGCUGGGCCGUGCUGCUUUUCGUAGCCGUGGCGGGGCUCACGUUUUUCGUCCUGAGCUUCGGUUUCUACUAUAAAUACGGUUGGGAGUUUUUGGAGCACACCUACCUUUACCACCUGACCCGGAGGGAUAUCCGCCAUAACUUUUCUCCAUACUUCUACAUGCUGUAUUUGACCGCAGAGAGCAAGUGGAGCUUUACGUUGGGGAUCGCUGCUUUCCUGCCUCAGUUCAUCUUGCUUUCAGCCGCGUCCUUUGCCUAUUACAGAGACCUUGUCUUCUGCUGUUUCCUUCAUACGUCCAUUUUUGUGACCUUUAACAAAGUCUGCACCUCUCAGUACUUCCUUUGGUACCUCUGCCUCCUGCCUCUGGUGAUGCCACUAGUGAGGAUGCCCUGGAAAAGAGCCGUAGUCCUCCUACUGUUCUGGUUCAUAGGACAGGCCUUAUGGCUGGCUCCUGCAUAUGUUCUAGAGUUUCAAGGGAAGAACACCUUCCUGUUCAUCUGGUUAGCCGGUUUGUUCUUCCUUCUGAUCAACUGUUCCAUACUGAUUCAGAUUAUUUCCCAUUACAAGGAGGACCGCCUAACUGAGAGAAUCAAAUACGACUAAUGUGUUCUGGAUCUUCUGUAACACUCUGAUUUUUUUUCCGUAUGGACUAGAAAGCUUUAGAAUUGGUUUUUCUUCCCUGAACUUUCUAAGCACUCUAGUGAAAGUUCCUUUGUUCCAAUAGAAAUUAAAACCAGUGUUGGCCUUAUAUAUGAAGGGGGCCGAAUAACAGGUCCAUCCUUUGGAAGUCUUAGGACUCAUGUGCUUGAUGAGAAGUAAAUCAUGGAUAGUUGAGUUUGUUUGUUCCUAUCACAUGGUGCCACUGUUUUUUUUUUUUUUUCCCUGCAGUUCAGACAGCUGUGGAAAUUUACAAAGUUCCUGAUGCACAACAUUUUUACAUAUAAAGUAUUAACAGUUCCAUGCUCAGUUGGAAAAGUCUUACAUUUUUGUAUUAAGUGUGGGGGCUCAGAAGAGAACUAAUACAAAGAAUUUAAAUUGUGAUCAUGUAUUUGUUUUUGUAAUUUAGUUUUCCAGCAUUAGUACUAGUGGUGUUCAUUUUAUACAAAAAGGUUAAAUUUAAACUCAUCCAUCUUUAGACCUGAGUCGUUUAAAAAAAAAAAAAUGAAAUCGAGCAUUAUUUACAUGUAUAUGCUUAUCCAGGAAGACUUUUCAUCUAGAGUUUAAGCUGAGUAUUGUCUGUUGUAAAAAUAGUAGGAUUUAGAUGCUAAAGCCUACGUUUUGAGUAUAACUUCAUUUGCUCUAUUCUGGUUUUAUCAUCUAACUUGUUACAAUACAGAACAUUGUUGAUAAGGCAUAAGUCCAACACUCUGAAAAUUCCAUGAUAGAAAGGAAGACUCCUGUAAAGCACACGUGGUUCGUGGCGUCUUUGUUUGGACUCACUAGAUCAAGAGGUUGUGAGGAGUUUGAGGAAUUACAGGAAUGAGGCUGUGCUGGCCAGAUCUUUUUACUUAUCACUAAAAGUAAAUACAGUGAUAGGGAAAUACCUUCUCAACUGUAUGAAUAAAUAUUCUAAUAUAUA